AUGGGAAUACAUUGUAGAAUAAACCUUAAGCCGCCACCAAAUGGUGUGUUUUUAUCUGGCAGUGUGAUCACAGGAGAAAUAAAGUACGCCGUAGAUGAGGUAACUUCGCUAAAACAAAUUACAUUGUCUCUCAAAGGCAUUGGUACAUUACGUAUGAAAAAGAGAUCGGCAUCACGCCACGAGAAGUCCAAAGUAAUAUAUCGCACGGAGGAGUACGUAAACAUAAAGCAAGUUCUUUUAAAUAAAGAUAAUGGCGAUGGUAAUUUAGAGAUUGGAUCGUAUACAACGCCAUUUAAAUUUGAAAUACCUGAACGUAUACCACCAUCUGCCGACAUAUUUCGGAAACAGGGCAACCACACAUUAAGAUACAAAGUUGAAUAUUUUAUUUCAAUGAAAUUCGAGAAAACAGCAUUUUUCUCUUUUACAAAACGGUUCAGAAAAGAUAUAAAAGUAUUAUCUGAUAUUAUACCGACGUUGCCCCGGGAUGCAAUGAUUUUCGGGGAGAGAAAAAACCUAUUUCAACCAUUCUCUAGUACAGAUUCUAUAGUCAAUUUGAAGUCGACAAUUUUGUCUUCAGUCGUCCGAGCAGGGGACACUAUUCAAUUCGAAUAUGAAAUAGCUAACAAUAGCCACGUGACAGUGAAGUCAGUCGAAACAAAAUUAAUUGAAUUGGUCAAGUCAAAAAAGCGUAGAAGUCAUAUAACAUUUACGAAAAGUAUUGAUGGUACAGAUUCAAAAUCUGGAAGUAUCGAAAAUGGAAAAUCUCAGCAAAUGAUUACCGAUAUUAGAGUACCAGAGGAUGCGUAUACAAUUAAUGCUUGUAACUUAGCGGAGAGGAGUUAUGCCGUUCUCAUAACAGUGGGACUACCGAUGCCACAUAUGAACUUUGAGCUUACAAUACCAGUAGAAAUAAUGUUGAAAUCAGAUAAUGUUGUUGAAAUCGCAGGUGAGGAUGCGCCACCGUCAUACUGGGAUGUUAUGUGUGAAGAUAAGAAAGAAUUAGAAAUGAAUAAAAAUGAUUUAGAUGGUGAAUGA